AUGCCCAAGGAUCGGUCUCUGCAUACUGCAAACAGCAACCCAGAACCUUUGAAACGAGUCUUUAGUGUUGACGACGACAUUCAUGAAAUAGAACAUGAUAUCAGAUACCUUGAAGGCUUACAAGAAGGAUUGAAGUACGUUGCUUCUAACAGAUUGCCUUCAAAUACAAACACACCACCGUCCACAAGUGCCAGACCGCAAUCUGUUAGACACAAGAACUCUACAGCCUCGGUUGUCGGCGGACCAGCUCCAAGUAACCACGAAAAUGCAGACCAAGACCUGGAUAAUAGCUUCAAUUACUCGAAUGAACGUCUUGGCGACGAAGAAGACCAAAGCUCUGUUGCAUCCAAUGAAUCCUACACUUUGAGACAACGUCAAGAUGCUAUCAAUAAGACCCACCCGUUUGGUAUCAGAAUAUGGAAACCAGCACUGUACAAGAAGCAUAGAUCUGUGCAAAAGGCAGCCAAAGAGGACAUCCACGAAACCAAGUAUAAAAGAAUUUCGUGGAAAGUCCAUUUGGCAAAUUACGUUUGGGCAAUGACACUAGGCGUUUUUUUCCUAGUUUUUUUGAACCUUAGCAGCUUUCUCGUGCGCAUUUUGGCCCUAUUCACUUCAAAGGGCUCUGAGUAUGCUUCUGUGCUUUCAAGGUUGAGUCGCUACUUAUUUUGGCCCUUUGGAAAAGUCGUCCUUAUGGUCAACGACGAACAGUACCUGCACGAAGAUCAAGAUGAAGGUAUUUCCGCACAGCAAUUCUAUGGAUGGGUCACCAAUAAUCGCAACAGGUUGUAUUUCCACAGACCUUCUCAAGGAGCCAGUGAUUCAUAUGGAGCAACCGGAAGCGGAAAUAUGGCUGCUGUGGAUAGGCAAAGAAGAUUGUUCGGGAGGGGUCAAUGGUCCUUGGGCCGCUUUACCUUUUACGUGGUCCUUUAUUUAUUUGUCCAGCCCGUAGUGCUGGUUUUCUCUUUUCUCACUUGGUUGGCUGUCUUCACUAUACCUAUGAGCGGUAUUCUGUGGGACUUGAUGUACCAUUGUCGGAGACAUCCUUUAGCAUUAGAGUUCAAGACCUUGACGCCAAGUGUGGAUGGAAUUAAGGACAAAAAUGUUUUACUAUGCACCUUUAGAUCCGCAGGCUCUCAUUAUUACAAAUACACCGUGGAUGGGACCAACGUGAUGGUCAUGAACUUGGGAGUUCUGGUGGCAUUCACAAUCAUCCAGUUCUACGUGUUACAGGAGCACGUUUUUGCAAUGAGUGAAUCGAUCAUUUUUUGUUUGUGUUUGCUUUCCAUCAUACCUUUAGCAUUUUACAUUGGUCAAGCAGUGGCUUCUAUCUCUGCACAAACAUCCAUGGGAGUAGGUGCAGCUAUCAACGCAUUUUUUUCAACAAUUGUCGAAGUUUUUCUAUAUUGCGUAGCACUACGGCAAGAGAAAGGACUUCUUGUUGAAGGGUCUAUGAUCGGUUCCAUUCUGGGUGCCGUUCUACUUUUGCCAGGUAUGAGUAUGUGUGGUGGCGCUUUUAAAAGAAAAACUCAGAGGUAUAAUCCCGCGAGCGCAGGCGUUUCGUCGGCAAUGUUGAUAUUUUCAAUGAUUGUCAUGUUUGUUCCAACUAUAAUAUACCAGAUUUAUGGAGGAUAUCUGGUGAACUGCUCGCCAGAGACGCAGUCUGAGUCCUCGAGAUGCUACUUUCGUCAGCCUCCACUUAAAUUUGAUGGACUAUAUUCUCACGUCAUCAAACCAAUGUCUCUAUUUUGUGCUUUGAUACUAUUUAUGGCAUAUGCUCUAGGGUUGUGGUUUACUCUGCGAACACAUGCUGCGACAAUUUGGCAGAUACCAGAAAAAGCCCAAUUGCCCAACGGUCAACUAGGGUUCAUACCGGAAGAAGAGGAAGAAAACGGAGGACACGACGGUCCUAACUGGUCACGUCAAAAGUCAACAUGUAUUCUUCUGGGUGCCACCCUUUUGUAUGCAAUCAUCGCCGAAAUUCUGGUGGAUUGCGUUGACAACGUACUACAACAAUUCCCUUCACUGGACCCCAAAUUUUUGGGUCUCACUGUAUUUGCCCUGGUUCCAAACUCUACAGAAUUUUUGAAUGCUAUUUCGUUUGCCAUACAAGGUAAUGUUGCGCUGUCUAUGGAGAUUGGAAGUGCCUACGCUUUGCAAGUUUGUCUCUUACAGAUCCCAGCUUUGGUGAUUUACUCAAUAAUCUACACAUUGCACAUCCCGACCGAUACGAUUGUUAUAAGAGAUCAAAUGUUUUCAUUGAUUUUCCCACGCUGGGACUUGUUGGCAUCCAUGGUAAGCGUAUUUCUGUUCACGUAUCUGUACGCGGAAGGAAAAUCGAAUUAUUUCAAGGGCUCGAUCUUGAUUCUACUCUACAGUGUUGUUGUACUUGGCUUUUACUUUCAGGGUGCAAUGGAUCAGAACAAAUGGGACAACUGA